CUUCCGUUUUGUCUUGCGACGUUGGAAGGCUUUCGUAUCGCUGCGCCCGUUGACUGUGCGCUCUUGACCCCUCAACACACUUCGACCAUAGCUCACUUCGCCUGAAUAGACGCCAAAAUGUUACCAUUGGGCCUCCUCACGGCCGCACAAGGCCACCCGAUGCUUGUUGAACUCAAGAAUGGCGAAACACUGAACGGACAUCUGGUCAACUGCGAUAACUGGAUGAACUUAAUACUCAAGGAGGUUGUUCAGACAAGCCCAGAGGGUGAUCGCUUCUUCAGGUUACCGGAGGUCUACAUCAGAGGAAACAACAUUAAAUAUCUACGAAUCCCCGAAGAAAUAGUCGAGGUUGUCAGGGAGCAGCAGCAGAACCAACCACAGCACCGCGGUCGUGGUGGCCACUCACACCGAGGCGAAAGAGGCGAUCGAGGCCGUGGUGGUCGUGGACGCGGUCGGGGCCGAGGACGGGGUGGCAGCUAGAGAAACAGAAGUCGAAAUUGGGUUCAUGGAAUGGAGAGAAGAGAGGAAAGAUACCCCGGGGAGGUCUUGUAGGUCGUUCGCUAGGGGGGUCCGUUUGGCGGGUUAGUCGAGCAUGGCCUUGGCGUAUCUGGCUCUGUAUUUUCAAUGGGAAUGAUGACUAUUUGCGCAAAAAUAUUACGAUUGGUAAACGUGGUUUUCUAAGAUGUCCUUGUGUUCGAUAUAUCUGUAUUUUCGCCGUCCAUUGAAUUAUGGCCUUGUACCUGUGUAAUCACGUGAACAUGUAAGCACCUUUGCGGUUCG